AUGACUGACAUCACUCCAAAUAUCAACUUCAAGAAUGACCCACCACUCUAUGAUCUGCAAAAAGUCAUCCAACAAUAUCAAUCACAACCUGAAUUACUCAAAUUGAUCCUAACAAGCAAAGUCGAAGAGGAUAAAAGAAGAGCUGAAGAGGCUAAAUUACGUGCAAAAGAACUCGAUCUCUACUUUCAGCACAAGGAAAAGAAAUCACACAAAAUACUGCCUUCCAUCUCAUCUUCAUUAAGAAAGAAUCGUUCCUCAUCAUUGUCCUCUCCAUAUGCCAUUCCUCCUCUAUCGUCUCACUCAUCGCACCAAACAUCUGCCUCCUCCGCUGCUGCCUAUCGCAGUUACCACUCUUCCAUCUCGUCUACAUCUUCUUCAUCGGGCUCAGUGUCAUCUCUCUCUGAACUUGAGGAGGAAGAGGAACAAGACAUCCACAUGGAUCAUCAACAACGUAGACAUUCUGCUGCUGCCGCCAUGCUGGCCAUGGGAGGUUCUGCUGCCAAUGUUGAAUCCUUCUCGAAUGCCUAUCCAUCUCCCAUAGACGAGCAUUACAGUGAUGAAAAGGAAGAGACUACAGCAGAAGAAGACGAAGACAUGAACAAACCUCGUCGCAGAAGAGAAAUGCAAGCCAUCACCAAGAUUGUUGAGACCAGAGAAUUUCCCUACGUCGACAACUAUUUCUGGAAGAACAAUGGCAAUACGGUGCAGAAAAAGACUGGCUGUAAGAGCAUCUACUACAAGUGCUCUAAUAGUAAUAAGGGAUGCUCCGUUAAUAAAACUGUAACUGCUAAACCCAAUGGCGAGUAUCUCAUCAAGUACAGAGGCUGCCACUUGCAAGAAUGUGGUAGAGUUGAGAGAAUCAGAGAUCUGUAA